AUGUGCUUCAGUGAAAGUGCUAACUACACAAAACCAAGUGCCUACCAGACCAACCUCAAUACCCUUCUUUCUAAUUUCACCUCUGACACCAAAACUGACUCUGGCUUCUAUAAUUCCUCCUAUGGUGAAAGCCCCAACACAUUUAACGUACUUGGAAUGUGCAGAGGAGAUGUGAAGCUAGAUUCUUGUCGUAAUUGCCUCAAUAAUGCCAGAAUCCUUCUCCCAAAGCUAUGUCCAUAUCAGAAGGAGGCAUUUGGAUACUAUGAUUUAUGCAUGUUUCGAUACUCAAGUCGUCAAAUGUUUAGGAUUUACCAGGACCAUGACUUUUACAACUGUAAUAGUAGCGAUACUAAUGCAACAGAUGCAAGCAAAUACAACGUUGCACUUGAAGUUCUAAUGCAAACUCUAAGAGACAAGGUUGCGGAUGGUGACUCUUAUCAUAAGGUGGUUGCGGUAAACGCAUCAGCUGAUCAAUCACAAGUCAUGUAUGGCCUUGUUCAGUGCACCCCUGAUUUGAAUAGGCAAGAUUGCUUUGAUUGUUUGAAGGAUUCUAUUUUUAAUAUCCCAAAAUGUUGUCAGAAUAAGGUCGGUGGGAGGGUCAUCAAAUUGAACUGCAAUAUUAGAUUUGAGAAUUUCUUAUUCUAUGAUCUUGUACUUGUCGAUUUAAGAAAAAUAACUCUCCCCUAUACUCUUCUUCCAUCAACAAAUACUACUUCCCCACAAGGAAGUAGUAAUAAAUCAACAACUACCAUUGUUGUGGUUGUACUGAUUGGUGCCAUUAUCGCCUAA